CCGCACACGGAGUUGCGUGGUGUUAAUCUCCUUUCACUCGUACGCGACUCGCCAGCGCGCCGCGAACCGGUAUUCGCUCGAACGCGGAUAUCGACGCAUUUUUGGUACCGGUGGAAUUUAUGACAGCACCCUGUGGACUCCGACAUUGCUCAUUCAUCACCUCCUGUCUCGGUCCAUGCGACUGACGGAACAGAUCGAUAUGCGACAGCCGCGGGACACAAUACGGGAAGAAUGCGAAGUCCUUCAGAUAAACGACAAUCAGCUCAGAGAGAUUAUGAACAGGCUAAACAAGGCUUUACUGCUCGGCCUCGGCAAGGAAACUCACUCAAAAGCAAUAGUGAAAUGCUUUAUUACUUAUAUUCAGGAUUUACCUAACGGAACAGAAAAAGGCAAAUUUUUGGCCUUGGACUUAGGUGGGACAAAUUUCAGAGUUCUUAUUAUAAAUCUAGGACCAAACCACUUUGAUAUGCAGUCCAAAAUUUACGCUAUACCAAAACAUAUAAUGACCGGCACGGGAACAGCUUUAUUCGAUCACAUCGCCGAAUGUCUGGCUAAUUUCAUGAAGGAACAUGAAGUAUUCAACGAGAGGCUGGCCCUCGGAUUCACCUUCAGUUUCCCCCUGAAACAGCUGGGCUUGACCAAAGGAAUUCUAGAACGGUGGACCAAAGGAUUCUCCUGCUCUGGUGUAGUCGGCGAAGAUGUCGUACAACUUCUAAAGGAUGCCAUCGCGAGGAGAGGAGAUAUUUCCAUUUCUGUGAUGGGCAUCCUAAACGAUGCGACCGGCUGCCUUAUGUCCUGUGCACAUAAGAAACGUGAUGCCCGAAUAGCAGUCAUCAUCGGUACCGGCAGCAACGCUUGCUACGUCGAGAAGACUGACAACUGCGAGUUGUUCGAUGGCCCACCCGGCAAGAAGGAACUGUUGAUCAACACAGAGUGGGGCGCAUUCGGAGAUGAUGGUGCCCUGGACUUUAUUCGCACUGAGUUCGACAGGGAUGUUGACGCUAAUUCCAUCAACCCAGGCAAACAAGUGCAAGAGAAGAUGAUAUCGGGCAUGUACAUGGGCGAACUGGUGCGGCUGGUGCUGGUCAAGUUCACUAAGAUGGGUCUGCUGUUCGGAGGCCGGGGCUCCGACCUGCUGUUCGAGAGGGGCAGCUUCUACACCAAGUACGUGUCCGAGAUCGAGUCGGACAAGCCCGGAGACUACACCAACUGCAUGGACAUCCUGGAGGAACUGGGUCUGUCGCACGCGACGGAGGCGGACAUGGCGGGCGUGCGGCACGUGUGCGAGUGCGUGUCGCGGCGCGCGGCGCACCUCGUGUCGGCCGGCAUGGCGACGCUGCUCAACAAGAUGGCGGAGCCGCGCGUCACCAUCGGCAUCGACGGCUCCGUCUACCGCUUCCACCCGCACUUCCACUCCCUCAUGUGCGAGAAGAUCGCGCAGCUCGCAAACCCCGGCAUUGUGUUCGACCUGAUGCUGUCUGAAGACGGCAGCGGGCGCGGCGCCGCGCUAGUAGCGGCCGUAGCGUGCCGCGAGCGCUGCUAACCGCCCGCGCCCCCACACAGUGUAGUGUCGAUGAACUUUGCCAUCCAUUCUAUGUACAGUAUGUUUAUAUUGUAUUAUAAUAGUUAGAGUCUAGACCUAAGUCGAAUUGUCGGUCCGGGCCCAGUCGCACAAACAACUAACUCGAGGCCGAGCCCCGUCGAUUGGACUACUUACACGUUACUCGUACUUACGGCGCGUUGAUCGUGCUUUUUGGCGAUUCGGUACCAAAUAUAACUGUUAUGUUCGUGAGAGUACCGUUUAGCAGAGAGUACUGCUGUCACAGUGUGCAGUUAUGGGAAACUAGCUAAAGAUGAUUGUGAAAAUUUAGUUUAUGAAUCGUAAUCAAUAUUUCUCGCUACAAGGCCCGUGUCCAACAGGAGGCUGGAGCCAAAAUUGUGUGAUAUGAGAUCAUGGAUGCGAUGACAUUUAUUUUAGUACGAAAUUUUAAUCAGCAGGUAAAACCUGCGCUAACAGAUUGUUCGCUAGCUCUCUGUUGGAUAAGCCUAUCCCUUUAGUAAUGAGUGUAGAAAAUAUUAGCGCCUUCCAAAUAAAGGGGCGAUUACCGUGAAUUAUUAAUCUCUUUAUUUUGAAAAUGCAAUAUGACUACAUACUAUAAUAGCAGGGUGUAAGAUAGACACUAAGAUAUGUAGGUACGAAAGAAUCUAACGAAAUAUAACAUUAUGUGUACUUACGAGGUCCUUAGAUUAGUCUAGUCAAAAAAUUUAGUAAAAGCUACUUAAUGUUUUGGGUCUGAUUUGACAGUGAGCGUUUCGAAACAAGUUAACGAGACUGAAGCUGUACAAGCCAUAAUAUUACGCCAGUUGCUGUUUUAUUUUUAUUUUAACGGAUCUUAGUGUCAAUCUUUGUGGUUUUUAACCGUUUGUAAGUUCAAUUUGGCCAACCGAAAAGCCCCAACACAAACGAAAUUUAGAUUGUCAUCAACGUAAAAGUUAUAAAGUUUUAUACGGUUUUUGAUCUAUGGUAUUGUAUUAUAAAGAUAUACUUUUAUAUGAGAAAUUAUUACGAGAGAACCCUAUAUUAUAUUUCCUAGAACAGAUUGUUUAUAUAGGUAUUACUUUGUAUAAAUGUUGUUUAUAUAAACGGUGGAAUGAUUAUUUUGAUGUCGACACACAAUACGAAUGUAGCAAUAAAUGUUUGAAUCUCAAUCUAAUCUUGGAUUGCAAAAAUAAUUGUUUACAUUAGAUUCAUUGAAUUUAUCAUUCCAUUAUUUGAACACUGAUAAUGUUUUUUGUAACGCUAUUAAAAAUAAAAAAAUAUUUCAUAAAAUUAAAAAAUAAUUAUAGUGUAUUAAAAUCUUAAAAUACCCUAUUUAGUUUAGACGUUAGGCAAUCAAUGAAAUCGCUUAGUAUUUAUAUUUGUUUGAAUUGUAAAAAUUUUAUGUUGAUAAAAUUUUAUGAAUGAAUUCUGAUUUUGGUAAGCGAGUUAUUAUUUUACUGUGAUAGAGCUAGGACUAAAAUUCAAUUGUUUACAAAUUGUUUCUGGUUGUCACAAACAAAAGUCGCCUUCUAAGCACCCAAGUAAAUACAGAAACAAAUAUUCUUAUAUUGCGUCUCAAAUCAUACAGUGAUGAAUGUCGGUAUGUGAUGGGUGUGAAAUCUGAGACAGUAGUAACUAGUAGCGCAGUCUAACCAUCACACCAAAAUAGUUCCUAGUUGAAAUAGGUGCAUUUUAUGUUAGGAUAUUAUGUUGUGUAUUGCAUAUAACAUUAUGUGUUGUUUAUAAAUUAAGUAUAGAGUUAUGACAAUUUCAGUUGUUAUUUAUUUUCCUUUUUUAUUGAAUUUCCGUUCGCCACACAUACAGAACGAAUUUAUAAAAUUUCAAGGUAACUCGCACUCAAUGCUUCAGGCUAACUUUACUAUAGCAAUAUUCAGUAAAGAUAUUAUUUUGUUGUGUAGUGACUAGUGUUAUAUUUUAAUUGCUCAAAUUUGAUAUUAAUAGCGGGAGAUCGUUUCACAUUAUGCGAGCUAAAUGCUACAUUCCAAAUAUAAUGCUGACUGGCCCGAUAACCGCUUUUUGGUCGUAUUUUGAUUGAGUGUAGUAAAGUUAAUUUUAUUCCCCGUUUUUAUUUUAGCGACUCGCCGAGAGCACAGCUCUGCCUUAAUUUUUUUUACAAAAUUUCUAAACCACCCUUAUUUAAAACCAUGUAACAUGAGUAUUUUAUUCAUAUAAAAUUGAAAUUUCUGAAAUGAAAUCGAAAUACGAUCAACAUAAUAUUAUGAUAAUAUAACUUGGAAGCUUUUUCAAAAAGGCCCAUGAAGAAUUGUAGGUAGAUAGCAUUAAAGAAAUUAUUUGUACUGAAACUACUUCAAACAUAUCACGACACCAUAGUAUUGCCUGAAGCUUUCUAAUAUUAUUUUAAAAUUUAUGUAAAAACGACAAUGAAAUGCAAAGAAUGUUUAAAAUUAAACCAGUUUUAGAUAUCAUAGGAGGUGUAGCUCAUUUAAGUAAGAGCUGUUAACAAUGUUACUUAUUUUCAAUAAUAAAUAUAUAAAAACUGA